AAACACCAGAAGAUUCAUAGUGAUGAGAGACCAUAUGAAUGUAAGGAAUGUGGCAGAGGCUUUAAGUAUAAUGCAGCCCUUACUCAACACCAGAAGAUACAUACUGGAGAGAAGCUGUACAGAUGUACAGAAUGUGGGAAAGCAUUUAUUCAAAAUUCACAACUUACUCACCAUCAAAGGAUUCAUAGUGAUGAGAGACCAUACAAAUGUAAGGAAUGUGGAAGAGAUUUUAAAUACAUCUCAACCCUUACUCAACACCAGAAAAUCCACAGUGGAGAGAAGCCCUACACAUAUAAAGAAUGUGGGAAAGCAUUUAUUCAACUCUCUAAUCUUACUUGCCACCAUAUGGUUCAUAGUGAUAAGAGACCAUACAAAUGUAAGGAAUGUGGAAGAGAGUUUAAACACAUCUCAACCCUUACUCAGCACCAGAAGAUUCUUACAGGAGAGAAGUCCUAUACCUGUAAAGAAUGUGGGAAAGCAUUUAUUCAAUUUUCAAAACUUACUGAACACCAGAGAAUUCAUAGUGAUGAGAGACCAUAUGAAUAUAAGAAAUGUGGCAAAGACUUUAAGUAUCAUAAAUCCCUUACUCAACACCAGAGGAUUCAUAGUGAUGAGAGACCAUAUGAAUGUAAGGAAUGUGGCAAAGACUUUAAGUAUCAUAAAUCCCUUACUCAACACCAGAGGAUUCAUAGUGAUGAGAGACCAUACAAAUGUAAGGAAUGUGGAAGGGAUUUUAAAUACAGCUCAAGCCUUACUCAACACCAGAAAAUUCAUACUGGAGAGAAGCCCUAUACGUGUAAAGAAUGUGGGAAAGCAUUUGUUCAAUUUUCAAACCUUACUUGGCACAAGAUGGUUCAUAGUGAUGAGAUACCAUAUGAUUGUAAGGAAUGUGGCAAAGGCUUUAAGUGCAGUACAGCCCUUAUUAAACAUCAGAGAAUUCAUAGUAAUGAGAGUCCAUAA